AUGUCGUGCAGUUUGCUCUUUUACCUUUCCUUGAUGUCGUUCCUUGUUCAGCAAUGUGAAACUCAGGGUUCGCCGCUACAAACGUCGGCUGCAUUUCAGGAGUGUAAAAUAACGAGCCAGCUGGCCAUUCUGGAGACUCUGCCGGGUGGAGGAUGGGACAAUCUGCGAAAUGCGGACAUGGGCCGGGUGAUGAACUUCAACUACUCCACAUGCCAGACCACUGAAGACGGGUUCUACCUGAUACCCGAUGAAGUGUUUGUCAUCCCUCAAAAGCAAACCAAACUGGAGCUGAACACGGAAAUUAUCGAGAGCUGGAUGGAGCUCAAGAGUUCGGUGGCGGAGACCAUCAACGGCGACCUUAAUUUCAUUUUUGUGCUUAACGGGAAGUUCUCAAAAGAAAAUCAACGAGUCAAAAGUUUUCAGGUGCAGGAUCAGUCAUCUACAACAAGGGUACAGGUGCGGAAUCUAAUCUAUAUUGUGAUGGCCAAUCCCAAUUUCUCGUUUGAUCCUCGCUUCAAGAGACAGAUCAUGGACAUCGCCAACGCUUUAGAGAACAACCAAACAAAAGAGGCAGACUAUCUCUCAGAAAUGCUUGUUCUAAACUAUGGAACGCAUGUCAUUACGAGUGUCGAUGCUGGGGCCAUCCUGCUUCAAGAAGAUUAUGUGCGGUCGAGUUUCAUCACGAGCGAGCGCAAAGAUAUUACUUCAAUUAAAUCAUCAGUUGGAAUGAGUUUCUUUAAUAAGAUCAAUAUUGGAUUUGACGCUGGAGUGUCCAAAGUAGCCGAAGACACGUUAUCCAAGCGGUAUGCAGGUAACGUAACACAUUCGUUGGUGCAAGUUUAUGGCAGCAUCCCAGUUUACCCGGGCAUCACCCUUAAAACUUGGCAGGAAGGCAUCUUCAACAACCUGGUGGCCAUCGACCGCUCUGGUUUGCCACUUCACGGCAUUCUGAACAAGGAAACCCUUCCAGACUUGGCAGCUCUUACUGCUGAGAAGGUUUCCCAAUCUGUCGAGAAGGCCAUUAUGAUGUACUACACUGUUAACCAACGUCCAGGGUGUCUAAAAAGCGAUUCCCUAAACUUCAACUUCCAGGCAAAUGUUGACGACGGGUCCUGUGAUGGAGUGGCGACCAACUUUAGCUUUGGUGGUGUCUAUCAAGUGUGCACCCCGCUCACAAGUGACGCGUAUCAACUCUGCUCUUCACUGGAGCAGAAGAACCCACUCACUGGCAGCUUCUCAUGCCCACCAACAUACAAUUCGAUCAGGCUGCGCACCGAGGACAAGCAAGAAGACUACGGUCAGUAUGAGUGUCAUAAGCGCUGUCAUAGCUGCUGGAUAUUUGCAACUUGCUGUGAUGAUGAAUGUGGAACUGCCUAUUACACCAGAAGAGCCAGAUUUACGGCAUACUGGUGUGCUGCCACCAGCACAACCACCAAAAGCUCUAAUAGCUUCCUGUUUGGUGGUCUCUACAGUAAAUCGACAAACAAUCUCAUAACCAAGUCCCAGUCUUGCUCCAAUUGCUUUACUUCCUUGAAGAUAUUACAAGAUGUUAACGUCUGCGUUAGCACAGAUAAAGACAGAUGUGCCCAGUAUUCUGUAGUGUUUGGGGGCUUUUUCAGCUGUGAGGCCACCAAUCCGCUGGCUGGUCAGUCUCGCACUACCUGUGCCAACGGCUUCAGCCAAUAUUCAGCUACAAUUAGUGAUGGAUGCCAAAUCCUUUACUGCAUGCCUACAGGCUUGUUCAACGGUGGGCAGUUGUUCCCUAUAAAAGUUCCUCCUUUUAGUAAUCCAUACAGAAUUAAUAAUAAUUCCACAAACAAUACCAUGGUGACACCACUAGGCAAGAUGUUGUCGAAUCAAGAUGGCAGCCUGAACGCACAGAUAUCUGGCAAGUCAGAUGUCAUUCGCACAGAAAACAAAGGUCUGGGCAGUGGAGCAGCGUUUGGGGUGGCGUUAGCUGUUGUGGAUGUGCUGGCAGCCAUAAUAGCUUUGGUCGUCUUUGGGGUCAAACGUUACCGCAGGAAGGAAUCUGCAGAGAUGUUAGUUAACAGUUGAGGAAUUUCAAAUGAGCAAAGGUGGAAAAAAAGUGUGUAAAGGGUUAACUGGGGAAAGCAGAUAUUCUACAUCAAUCCUCGGGUUACUUUCCUUCUUCUUGAUUCAUUAAAAUUUCUUCCUGAUUAAGUUUAAUUACAAU